UAACGUCCAGAAUCUUGAUGCUGGAUCUCAUUUGCGUGAUCGCGGCGUAGGGCACUCGCAGUGUUGCUGUUCUGUCCGUUUUCUUACGGAACUUUGCUGAAACGCGCGUUUCUCGCUCGCAGAAUCGGGCUCCGGGUAUUAAAAAUGCGGUGAAAACACUCGGGUUCGGGGUUCGAAUCGGCUCAAGGAAUAUCGUGGGCCCAGCCAUUUUGCUCUAUCGAGAGAGAGACGAGCAGUGUGAGAGACAGUUCUGACCGCUCUACUGCUACCCUGUCGGACGGAGGUGGUGGUCGCGGCUCCGUGCUGAUACGCUUUUAUUCUGUUUUCCAGUGUCGUUGAAUAGCUGUUGUUGCUCGAGGAAGUGCCGACGAUAACUUAAAAUUAACCAAAAUGUCAGGCAAUACGGGAAUGGAACAGUUGAUACCAAUUGUAAAUAAGCUUCAAGAUGCGUUCACUCAGCUCGGAGUGCACAUGCAACUCGACCUGCCACAGAUCGCUGUUGUGGGCGGACAAAGUGCUGGCAAGAGUUCCGUUCUGGAAAAUUUUGUCGGCAGAGAUUUCUUGCCAAGAGGAUCAGGCAUUGUAACAAGAAGACCACUUAUUCUCCAGCUGAUCAAUAGCUCUACUGAACAUGCCGAGUUCCUUCAUUGUAAGGGUAAAAAAUUUGUGGAUUUUGAUGAAGUGCGUAGAGAAAUUGAAGCAGAGACAGAUAGAGUUACAGGGAGCAACAAAGGAAUUUCAAACAUACCAAUUAACCUCAGAGUAUAUUCGCCGAAUGUCCUAAAUUUAACUCUGAUCGAUUUGCCUGGUCUCACCAAAGUACCGAUCGGAGAUCAACCAGUAGAUAUCGAAGCUCAGAUAAAGGGCAUGAUAUUUCAGUUCAUCAAAAGGGACAAUUGUCUUAUAUUAGCUGUAACACCGGCUAACACUGAUUUGGCAAACAGUGAUGCACUCAAGUUGGCCAAGGAAGUGGAUCCGCAGGGUGUGCGCACAAUUGGUGUUAUUACAAAGCUCGAUCUUAUGGACGAAGGUACCGAUGCAAGAGAUAUUUUGGAAAAUAAGUUACUACCACUUCGACGAGGAUAUAUCGGUGUCGUUAAUAGGAGUCAAAAAGAUAUCGAGGGUCGUAAAGAUAUCAAAAAUGCUUUGGCUGCCGAAAGAAAGUUCUUUCUCAGCCAUCCGUCUUAUCGACACUUGGCAGACAGACUUGGAACACCGUACUUGCAGAGAGUUCUUAACCAACAGCUGACGAAUCAUAUAAGAGACACAUUACCAGCGCUGCGAGAUAGAUUGCAGAAGCAAUUACUUACUUUGGAAAAAGAUGUGGAUCAAUACAAGCACUUCAGACCGGAUGAUCCAGCUAUAAAGACGAAGGCAAUGCUUCAAAUGAUUCAACAACUGCAGUCAGAUUUUGAGAGGACCAUCGAGGGUUCUGGUUCAGCACAAAUCAAUACCAAUGAAUUAAGCGGUGGUGCGAAAAUAAACAGAAUCUUCCAUGAACGUUUCCCAUUUGAAAUAGUUAAAAUGGAAUUUGACGAAAAGGAACUAAGGCGAGAAAUUGCUUUUGCAAUUAGAAAUAUUCACGGAAUCAGAGUUGGUCUGUUCACUCCCGAUAUGGCCUUUGAAGCGAUCGUCAAAAAACAAAUUAACAGGCUGAAGGAGCCCAGCCUCAAGUGUGUCGAUUUGGUUGUACAAGAACUUAGCAAUGUUGUGCGUAUUUGCACUGACAGGAUGGCUCGUUAUCCCAGACUUCGAGAGGAAACUGAACGUAUUAUAACCACUCAUGUAAGGCAGCGAGAGCAGCUUUGUAAAGACCAGUUGAUACUCUUGGUUGAUUGUGAACUGGCAUACAUGAACACGAAUCACGAAGAUUUUAUCGGCUUUGCCAACGCGGCGGCCAGUAGCCAUAAUGCAAGUGCUCAGCAAUCGUCUGAAAAUUCAGUUAAAGCAGGUCGUCAUACGUUGGGAAAUCAAGUUAUCCGCAAGGGCUACAUGUGCAUACAUAACUUGGGAAUUAUGAAGGGUGGUUCGAGAGAUUAUUGGUUUGUUCUUACUUCAGAGAGCAUCUCCUGGUUCAAAGAUGAGGAGGAAAGAGAAAAAAAGUAUAUGUUACCUCUGGAUGGAUUGAAGCUGCGAGAUCUGGAACAGAGCUUCAUGUCACGAAGGCAUUUAUUCGCGUUGUUCAAUCCCGAAGGGAGAAAUGUAUACAAAGACUAUAAGCAGUUGGAAUUGAGUUGUGAGACACAAGAUGAUGUCGAUUCAUGGAAAGCCUCGUUCCUCAGAGCUGGAGUAUAUCCUGAGAGAGCAACAGAACAGGCUAAUGGCGAUGGCGAGGAAGGAUAUGAGGGUGGAACUGAGAAUCAAUCUUCAAUGGAUCCUCAGCUGGAACGACAGGUGGAAACUAUAAGAAAUCUUGUUGACUCCUAUAUGAAAAUAGUCACAAAAACAACGCGAGAUCUUGUACCAAAAGCUAUCAUGAUGUUGAUUAUCAAUAAUGCAAAGGAUUUCAUCAAUGGAGAAUUAUUAGCUCAUCUUUAUGCCAGCGGUGACCAAUCUUCUAUGAUGGAAGAAUCACCCGAAGAAGCCCAGAAGCGCGAGGAAAUGCUUAGAAUGUAUCAUGCUUGCAAAGAAGCUUUACGAAUUAUUGGAGAUGUCUCAAUGGCAACAGUUUCUACACCAGUACCACCUCCAGUCAAAAGUGAUUGGCUGGCGUCCGGUGAAAAUCCAAGUCUUGGGCUAUCUCCACCAUCUCCUGGUGGGCCGAGGCGAGGUGUUGCACAGUCAAUGGUGCCUCCAGCAAGCUCGCGGGCUCCGCCACCGGUACCAGCUGGGGGACGACCAGCACCAGCUAUUCCCAACAGACCUGGACCCGGUGCACCCCCUCCAGUCCGAGCCACCCCUGGCCUGCCACCACCACUCAUACCAUCGCGCCGACAAUAACUUCUUCACAUUAACAUCUAGUCGCUACUAACCCAUAUAUAUUUGUUGCAUCUAGUUCGUAAAUAUUUAAUACUCAAAAUGUUCUCACUAAAUUGUAUUCUAUAUCUACAUAUUCUAUGUAUAGUACGUGAUAGUUGCUGUUGGAGGUGUGCAAAUUUGUACAAUAAAUGUAAAGUUCACUUAUAAAAUACUCCUUGCCGGAAUCACUUUCAAUUUAUGGUAAACAUAUCUACGGCAGUAACGUAACUUCAAUCAUUGCAUUGUGGAAUUAGACAUGUUUUCGGUCAUCAUUGAAAAUCUAACUUUGGUUAAUAGGUAUGGUAAAAGCUUUUCAAAUGUUAUUAUGUUUGUCUUGCAUUUUGGAGAUAACCUGAGCUGCUGAGUCAACAUGCAGUUUCUCAUGUACAGUAACGGCAGUAUUGAAUAAAAUUCUAUUAUUGUUGAUAUCGUCUCGCUUAUACGUAUACCAUCAAGUCAGCUUUGAUGUGUAGUUACUAAAAUCUGCACAUCUCUGCUAGUGUUACUAACAGCAUAAUUUAGCCUGGCAAUACUGAGAAUUUAUGAAAUGCAAGUACUUGUAUGUUCUUAAUUUAAACAUGAUGUGUUUUGGAUAUUUCAAAAAAUGUAAAAUAUAUUUAUUAUUCAUGUUUAAAUUACUUUUUCCACUGUUGAGCUACUUGCAUUUCAAAUUGUAUGUAAUUCUUGUAUAUACCAUUUGAAAAUAUUUAUAAUUCAGUGGUUAACGGUUUUUGGUUUUCACCAAAUAACAAUUGUAACAAAUAACAGCAUGACAUUGCAUUUAACACCCAACAUUCUACAAUCGGUACUGUAUCAUUAGUAUUCUUUUGACGUCAUUCAGUACAGGUGUCCACAUGUCAGCAAUACAUCGUAAUUUUUGAAUUACGUACUCAUGUUUUUAAUAUUGUCACUAAGCCGAACACAUAUUAUAUCACUUGAAAAUUUCCCUGGAGAAGGACAUGUCGGCGCCUGAUUAUAACAUGAGCUCGAUUCAUAUUAUGCACUCUGUUUGUUAAGUGGAUGCGUAAAGACACGAAACUAAGAAUGUAAUGUGCGCCCGAUUAUAACGUUAUUUUCUCAAUGCACUUUCUUUUGUGAGUGGAUGCUUGGUGAUAGAAGACUAAAAAUGCAAUUCUAUAACAUCAGUGAUACAUAACUACUGUUAGGUUCUGAAAAAGUGGAAGAAACUAUAAACCAAAAGUUUCAGUUUUCUUCAUCUUGUGUAAAGAAGAUCAUUUGAAAAUCAGUUAUUAUCAUAAUGCACAUACGUGAAUAUAAAUUUGAAAGUGAAAGAAACGCAAAUUCAUUUUCAAUGUUAUUAUAAAGAUAUUUGCGAAACUUUCGUGAAAAUCAACUAAUUCUUUAAUUUAUUGAAGUUCGAAGGACGAUUUUUUCUUCUUCUUCUUCUUCCUUAAUGGUUAUAUCCCGUUAGAGCAAGUGCCAGAAAAUUAUUUCUUAAAAAUGGCACGGGGCUAUCUAUAAACUAUAUAAUGCUAUUUAAAGUGUUGCAAUAUUUUUAGUCCUACUUAAUAUGGGUAAAAAUUAGUGAAGCGUUCCUAAAGUGUAGAAAAUGUCAAUCGGCCACUGGAAUGUUUUUUGUUUUUUUUUUUUUAACACUAUCCACCCAGAAGUGCCCUAUUUUAAGAUGCACAUACCUUCUGAAGAGGCUCAAAAUUAUUUACAAUGCAAAGAAAAUGGAUCAGUUUGGAACAAUGUGGAUGUCUCAGUAAAAACUCAGUACCAUUGUUCACAGCCUUGUUUAUACAGCUAUUUUGAAAGAAAAUGGAACCCUUAAACAAGCAUAUUAUUGUGUUAAGCAAAACGUAAACUAUUUCUAGUUAAUUUAGAGUGUAAAUACAAACUGAUGUGUUUAGUCGUGGGGGUGGGCUGCAGCAACGAGUGGGUCAAGCUGCUACACAGGCUGCUGCUAAUGCUGCUAUGAACGAGAUGAUGGAUGCAUUCAGGAUCAAGUAAAUAAUGAAAAAAAAAUGCUAUCGCUUGCCAUAUCCAACUUUGCAGUUGCCUAUCUAAAUUGAAAUGAAUAAUUGAACUUAUGUAGAAUGGUAGACUGUUCAGGGUUAAGAUGAAACUAAUUCUAAUCUCUGUUGUAUGGAAAAAGUUUACUAAUUUGCAACUAACUUAUUGAUUUCUGUGCAUGAUUUUACAAGCUGAAUUAAUGACUGUUAGAUUUCUAAACUAUUUACAAGUAUACGACAUUGGGAAAUAGACACAAAGUAUGGUAUAACAUUAUUCGUAUUGUAUCUCAUGCGAUCAUGAACAGACUGCUUUACCCUUGGAUCAUUCUCAAGGUUCAACAGGAUAGAAUUAGUAUUCGAUUUUACAAAACCUAUCAUUUAGAGCAUAAAUGGAAAAGUCCCGUGUUAACAAGUUUUACAUCAAGGGUAACUCGUCUCGCAUGAAACCAAUAUAUUGAUUGAAGUACACAUGCAUGUGUAACCCAGAGUUAAAGAAAAUUGAAUUGUUCGUUUUAUAAAUUCGUGUAUUUGCAAAGAAAACAAAAAUUAUAAUAAUAAUAGGUAUUCGUUGAACCGUGUCUAAGGACAGUUUUAGGUACUUUUUAGUAAAUUCUAGAAUAUAUUUACUGUUUUGAUUCCAACUAGAGUUUCAAAAUUGCUUCUUAGUAUACAUUUAUAUGUACGACGAUGCAAAGCCUUAUCAAACUUUGUGUACUGGCCAACGAGCCAGAGUGAAAACUAGUGUACAAAUCAGACUAUAGAAAUUUUUCAUAACUCAGAUCGGAGAAUUUUUAUUCAGCUCUUGCCAUGGCUAUUUAAUCCAAAACUGAAGUUUCAACUAAAAUCUGUAGUCAUGAUAUACGGUAUUAGAAGAUAUGAUAUGUGUAUAAAUUGUAUACUUAUCUAAUUGUAUGCUACAAUGGAUUGUGGGACUCGACAAAAUAAUAAAUCCCGUAUUGGAUACUGGACUUGAAUACGAUCUUGAGAUUUCAUUUAUUUACAACAUAAAUCAGGCUGUUGGAAAUUUGGAUAAAGAAAAUUUUUCAACAGACUAUGACUAAACGUCAAUUAAUAACUAUUGUAAUUCUAGCCACAAAAUUGUUACAGACAAAUUAAAUUUUUAUGCUACGAAUGAAGUGAACUUUUCAAAAGUUGCUUGGAUAUGUGUUGUAUGUACUUCAAUUAUAAAUGAUCACAGAAAUGAAUAUGACUUUCUGGGUUGCGAUAAAUGUUCUAGAAAUGGAUUUUUAUUCAAUCGCGAUUGAAUAUUGUAUCAAUUAUAUAAAAUUGGCAUUAGCUAUACCUGUACAGUACCUAGUUUUUGAUUGUCUUGUGCUGUGUUUCAAUUGGAUAAUAGAUCAUAGCUAAUUAUACAGGGAAUAUUUGGUGAAAUAGGAAACCUCCGAGGCAUGCGUGCACAACUUUUACGUGAGCCGAGCGUAACGGAAAAAUGCUGCAAACGAAAACUUGUGCAUGUGUUGGCACAGGCGUUGUGCGCAUAGUUCAGAGGUUGCCCUUUCACCAAAGAUUUCCUUAUUGGCACCCUAGUUCUUAAGUGUAUAUUUAAUACACAUAAUAUUUGUAGGGUUGAAAAGAGGAAAGAUUAAUAUUGUUAAAUUACUGAAUAGAAAAAAAAAACUCAUUCUAACGAUCCAAUGGUAAUUAUUACGAUGUAUAGAUAUUAUAUUUUAAUGAAACGUUAGUUGAGAGAUUUGACCCUUGAAAAUUGGAUUUUUGCUUUAUUUGAUGACUGACGUCUCAAAAAAGUAAAAGUAAUUCACCAAGUGUUGGACAGUUCGCAGCGUUGAAUUCAUUGACGCCAAUACGUGUUUUCAAGUAAAUUAUUCAGAAUUAUCAAAUUCAACUCUGUGUAAAAUAAAUUUACUGCUAUUAAUGAAUGAUAUAGUUUAAAUACAAUUUUAAAUUAUUCAAUUGCGAGAAUUGCUAAGCAGCUCCAAUAUAAUUAUUAGUUGUGAAAAACGUUUCCGGCGUAAAGAAUAUAAGUGAGACCAGUGAAAGUAAAGCAAAAUGAGACAGGUAAAACUUGUAUGAAAAAUUAUUCUUCAUAUUUUUCAAAGGAACCCUAUUUUGUUCCGAAAAAAAAUUUUUAAAAAUCAAUGCAGGUAUGCAAACAGGAACAGAAAAAUUUCACUCGCAUAAUCAUAAUCAUGUUCUUUUCUCGAGUGUCCCACUUUGCAGUGGGUCAAGUCUCCCUAUUUUUUGCGUGAAAUUAUGAUUGAUGUCAAAAUUAUUUUGCUUCGUGAAAUCAGAACCUGCUGCGAAUGUGUUUGAAAUGGAUAAAAAGAUUAGUAUUUAUCAGCUGAGCAAUCGGUUUAAUUUUACAUAUAGUCGUAAGUAUAAUUGAAGGUUCUAACAUUCCUAGUAAACGGAAAACGAUUCCCUAAGUAACUAAGUCCUGAAAAGUCUACCAAGAAUAGCGGUGAUUAUUAGAUGUCCUUACUACAAGUAAACUCUGCCGGCAUUCCACAAAUAGAUCAGCUGAAUUAGAAAUAUAAGCAUUUCUUGCAGUUGAACCGCAAUGUAUUGUUUUCUGAUAUAGAAGAAUAAAUGUUAUCUUCAUAUAUAAUUACUUGGUAACGAUUCUCAGUGAUAUUUACAAUUAUUAUCGGACAAAAAUGUCAUGCUGUUAUGAUAAAGCGAUCUCGUAUUCACUGUACGGUUAUAUCAUCGUGUUAAUUAAAUUUUAAAUGUUAGAAAUCGAUACUGAACAAGUGAAGUGCUAAGUAGUUUUAAAAAAUUGGAAAACAGGAGAUUGAACUUUAGUAUAAAUUUGAUGUUUGGUCAUUUUCAUUUAUAGAAAUGUCAGUGCGUCGAUAAAGAUUGUUUAACUAUUAGCUACCUAAAGCAAAACCUCCUUCAUCAUAAUAUGUGAUAUAUUGCAGCUACCUUCGGAGUUUAUUGUAAAAGAUAAUGAAAACAUUAGCUCUAUCGUCAACGAAAUUAGAGAUUUGUUAUAACAAUUAUUUGGUCUUUUCAAAUAUAGAGUAUCAAUCGUAAGUCAUGUAAACGUUAUCGCAUCAAAUUAUUAUAUCUGAAUAUACUUGAUCCAUAUGAAGGUUACAACAUUAAUUGCCAAAGUAUAUGUCAAGUUCUGCUUAAUAAAACAAUCUAUUUCACUGUGAAAGUGAAUGUUUUUUUCAAAUUAAAUGAUAAGAAAAACGUCAACUCGUACCAUUCCAUUCAGAGCUGGGUAGUGCUGCAUUCAUAUAUGAACGUUAUUUAUUAUUUAUGAAAAUAUGUGCAGUCACGAGUGGCAUUAUAUCGGAAUGUUAUUGUACAGUGUACAUUGUAUAUCUAACAGAUUCAUGCACUGUUGCCAGGCUAAUAAGUUAUAAAUCUAGUCUGUAGCACCAUGUCCCAUGUUCGGUAGAUAUUAGCACAUUAAGAAAUGUUCAAAUUUACCUACAUUGCAGUUUCAAUUAACUUUUACCAUUUCAUUUUUUUAUUUUUUAUUUCCUUAUAAUUUUCGAUCGGAGUAUGAUUUCUGUACGCAGAUCAAUCUGUAAAAAUCACUUGCGUGUAAGUAGUAGCUUGUUUUCAAUAUACGUGAAAUGAGAAGUAACUUCACAGAUCAAACGACAACGAACAGACGGUGUAACUAGUUAUUUGGAAACCAGAGUCUUAUGAGUUAAUUGAUGGUUUCUUAUAUUCACUCUGGAUUCAUAAGUCAAUUAUUAAUACGACUUCUUAGAAGAAACGCGAUUAGAGACAACUUAGAAUAGAUAUUAGUUGUAAAUUUUCCAAAUUAAAUUAUAUUGAGAACAUGAAUUUUCCUUCUGUUUUUGCAAUUACUAAAUGCUCUCACGUAGUACUGAAUAUGGGGCGGAAAAAUUGUUACUGUAGUAAUGCACUGAACUGAUCGCUUCUGUGACUAAAUAAAACAAUGUUGGUAAAUAUAUAACAAUUAGAA